GGAACAAUACAAUAAAACGUCUGGAUCCGACGCUCCGGCUCUUCCUUUCCGCCAUUAUUCGAUACGACUCACGAAUGAGAAGUUCGCAUCGAAAGUCGCGUAAAUAACAAUCGGAAUAAUACAAAAAAGGUCGUUUUCCAGUUUCCACGUGCGUGUGUGAAACACUUUAAAUAAAAAUUAACUUGUUCAGCGUAUCGCGUUAUUUCUACAGCAGUUUUGUGCUUUGAUAGGCAAUAUUGUUCCAACAAAACUACAUUAGAUUUGUGUUUUAUUUUAUCUUAUAAAUUAUCCUAUUUUCUCAAUAUAGAUGGCAAUACCAGAAGAUUUGGUGGACGACCAGUCCCUUAAAAUUGAUGUAAACAUGUUUGAUUGGAAUAAAUAUCUUGCUGCAAGAAAUGCAAAAGAGGUGCCUCAAGAUUUUUUUCAUCAUAUUUGUAAGAGUGAACUGAAUGGAAUUGAAAUUGGCUCGGUGGUGGAAAUUGAAAAUGAAGAUCAAAGUGGAUAUUGGUUUGCUAGUGUGUGUUCAACAGAGGGCAUUUCAAUAAAUUUGCGUUAUUUUGGUGAUAACAAUGAUCAACACUCCUUUUCGUUAAAAGUAACGUCCCCACGCAUUCAUUCGUUAAACUGGGGAAGCGAAAAUAAUAAAAAACUGAUACCUCCUUAUCCUGAUAGAUUUUCACUUUAUAAACCAGAAGUUGUUAAAGAAAAAGUUCAAGAUUGUGAGCUUGUUGUAUCAAGUGCUGUAUUACAAAUGGGAGGUGCUCCAAUUCAUAAUAUAUUCAAGUGUGGCAUGUUUGUAGAAGUUCAAGAUAGAGAAUACCCUUAUCGUGUUUGGAUUUCAAAAGUGCUUAGAAAUGUGGGAGGAAGGUUAUUUUUACAAAUGCAAGGAAUAAAUAGCCCUGAAGAGAAACCAUUUUGGUUAUUUUAUUUAAAUGAACGUGUUUUUCCAUUCGGAUGGGCAGAACAAAAAGGACUUCCAUGGAGAGUAAUGAAUUUCGAUGCUAGUUUAGAAAAUUCUAUCGAUUCUAGUGUAUUACUGAAUGUGUUAAAGCCAAAGACACCAGAACAACACAGUUUUAAAGUUGGAGAAAUGUUGGAAGUAAUAAACCCUUAUUCAAUGAUGGUAUUUUAUGUUGCUACAAUUGUUAAAAUUUAUGAUAACCGUUAUUUUAAAGUUGAAGUGGAUAAUGAAAUUGAAAAAGACAAACGUAUCUGUUUUGUGGCUACAAAAGGAAAUCCUUAUUUAUUUCAUGCAGGUUGGGCAAGCGAACACAAAUUUUUGCUAAAAACUCCGACUGAUUGGAAUAAACCAUUCAAAUUUUCUUGGUCAAAAUAUUUGAUAGAAAAGAAAGCCAACUUUGCUGCUGUAAAUAAUUUAUGCAGGAAAAAGAUUACCAAUGUUCAUAGGGGUAUGAAAUUAGAAGCUGUUGAUCCUUUGAAUACUGAUUGUAUUCGUGUCGCUACAGUUAAAGGAUUUGCUGACCAUUGGAUGUUGUUGUCUUUUGAUCGGACGAGUUGUUGUCAAGAAUUACUCCAUCUACGUUCAGUUUAUUCAGAUGAAGUUUUUCCAGCUGGUUGGUGUAACAAACACAAUUAUUCUUUGAGCGUUCCAAAGCUUCCGUACAAUGAUUCUAAAGAUUUUGAACAUUGUUAUUAUUCAUCGGAUAUUGAUAUAGACUUCAGUCAGUCAGACCAAGAUAAUUUAACAAAAUAUCCAGAUUAUUUAAAAGGAGAAAUCUUUUAUCACUUCUGCAAAAGAGAGAAAAAAAGUUUUGAUGAUGGUUUUGAAGAAAAAGAAGAAGAAAAUAAUGAAGAUGAAAUUAAGUCUGAAGAUUCUGAUUUUGAUUCCAAUGAUAAUGUACCUAUAACUUCAGAAAUAGAGAUUAAACAAGAUAGUGAUGAUGAAUGUGAUGAUGGUUUAAUUUUAGACACUAAAAGUGAACCUGAAUUAGAUGAAGAAUUUCAUGAUGCAUUAUACAUUGAUGAAAAAAAUAAUACUAAAACAGAGGAAGUUGAUAUUAAACCAAAAGAAGUUGAUAUUAAACCAGAAGAAGUUGAGAUUAAACCAAAAGAUGAUAUUAAACCAGAAGAAGAUGAUAUUAAACCAGAAGAAGUAGAUUUUAAAACAGAAGAAGAUGAUAUUCAACUAGGAGAAGUUCAUAAUAAACCUGAAAAAAAGAAAAGUGCAAAAGUGGUUAACCCAAAAAAAAAUAAAAAAGUUAAUCAUAUUGAAAAAACAAUAGAAAAUGUAGUUAGAAAUUCUUCAAAUAUGUUUUCUAAAAAUAAAUAUGAAAUUAAAAUUUAUUUUAACAAAGAUUGUUAUUCUGGCGGACAUGUAGUAAAGAAGAAAAUUCCACAAUUACCAGAUAGUAUUGGUCCUGGUCCUGUAUCCUCAAUACUACGGGAAGCAAUAACCCUAUUUGUUGAUUUAGAUUAUUUUCCUUGUAGUGCAUUAAAAAAAAUAAAAAAAAUUCAAAACAUGUUAUUCAACGGGCCUGGCGGUGUUGAAAUGUGGAUUACCACCUCUGUAAUGAAAAAAACUCGCAGUAGUUCCACCGAGUGUCUUCUUCUUCCUGAAUCUAAGAAGAAGGCUAAAAAAUAUUGUUCUGCUCUUUGUAAUCUAUCUGGCAUGUGUGAAUUCUUUAUGACCACUGAAGAUACAGAGUGUCCUCAUGGUUGUAAUAUAACACAAGAUAAAAUACCACCGUCAAAACUUGAAAUCAAUACUGUGCCUUUAAGUAAGAAAACAAAAAAAAAUAAGCAUCGAAUUGGUGUUGGUGCUGUAAGAUCUAACAAUAUCUCACACGAUAAAACAACUCACUCAAAAAUUUCUAGAGUUGCUAACAAACUAUUAGAUCGGUCAAAUAAACCUUUAGUUGCAAGGUAUAAGCAUUAUAUGGGGAGUAUAAUGGAUUUAGAAACACAUGUAUUACGAUUAAACAAGUGCCCAACUGAACUGGAAUCAUCAAUUAUAACUGAAAUUAUAGCAAAAAAAAAUAGGCUUAAGAUUAUGGAUAAAAUGGAAGUGUUCAGCAAUACUAAAUCCAAAGUUGAAACCAUUGAAGAAAAACUAUUCGUCUUUAAAGAUGAUUGGAAAACAAGUUUUGAAAACUAUUAUCGCCAAAAUCCACGAUUUAAGAAGUUUAAAAUUGAUAUCGGACGAUUAGAACAUAUUAAGGUCACGUCCAAUCCAAAAUCUUGGUCUCCUAGGGAUGUUUAUAAAUAUUUGUCUAAUGAUUUGUAUUGUCGUGAUAUUGGACUAGUGCUAUAUACUGAGGAAGUUGAUGGUAUAGCAUUUAUGAUGUUAAAUGAAGAACAACUUCUAUUGCGGUUACGAUGUACAAUAAAUUUAGCAAUAAGAGUAUUGUGUCACAUAGCUGAGGUGAAAUACGUUUGUUUGACAGAAUAUUGUAAAGAAACAAUUGAGAAGGCGGAGAAGAUUGGAGAAGGCGUUGACCAAUUCUACUUCAAUAUCUUUAGUAAACUAUUUGAAUUGAUGUUAAUUGUCUGCCGUUAUCCGAUUUCAAAACACAUGGAAUUCCAAAUCUUGCAAAUAUACUAA